UAGACUCCUAAAAAAAAAAGAACUUAGGAACGAAUCUUACACCAAGAAGUUUAUCGGACUCCGUAACUCUAAUGAAAUGAUACAGGGUUCUUUCCUUUACACUUUGGGGUCAAGCGUCGAACCUUCUCCUGAACAACCAUAUAUUUAUCCUACCCAGCAGCAGGAUAACCUCUUUGCUGGAAUACAUCAUCAAUUUUAACUAUGGACUGCCAUGAUUCGUCGCUCAUCGCACCAAACAGAAGAAUAAUCCGCCGUCAAGAACUGGACAAGGCGGAGAACGCAUGGAAGAAACUGGAAGGCGUCGGCGAAAAACAAGAGCAAACAGUAAGGCGUCUGGAAAAAACGGCGAUGCUGUUGGUCGGAUCUUAUAUCUACCUCCAAAUCCUCAUAUUCCAAUCUGUUAGCCGCAUGUCCUGCGAGUUCUGGUGGGCGCCGUUCAGCCUCUCGUGUCUGAUUUGCGUUGUCUUCGCCAUCCCCUUCAAGAGUUUCGUGACGAAAUGGGAGCGCACGCAGCGUUAUCACGAGAUCAAUUUUCUUAAGCAAGAUUUGGUUCACCUCCAGAUUGUGAUUUUCUCUUCCUCGGAUCACGUUGAGCAGUUGGAGCAGCCGCAGCCGCAGCCGGCGGAGAUGUUGAGGAGCGAUGCUGGGAAAAUGUAUCAGAGACGCGCUUUCAUCUGUUUGGUUUCUUUAGCUCUUGUUGCGUACACGGUUGUUGUGCUAAUGGCAUGUAGAUCUAUUCCCUGUCAGAGAGUAGCUAUUCUGUAGACGUACGACCUUCUUCCGGGGAAGUUUACAUUCGGAGGCAGCUUUUGCGGCGUGGCUGUAGUCUUACGAUCUCUCUUGAAAUUUUCUGAUGUCGUUUUGAAACGAUUCGUCGAGGUCGAUGUAAUAUUUAACUUCCCUUUACUUGGUUUUUUUUUUUUUUCUUUUUUUUUUCCCCUUUACUUGGUUGUUUUGGAUUGUAUAUGUAAGGCAUUAUAACAAUCAAACAAUGUUUUCUUCAUUUUGAAUUCUAACAGCUACAAAAUAUGAGGAAA